AAAGAGAGACGCACAGACGAUCAGACUGAGUUCAGACCAAACUAGCAGCUUCCUCUGAGUGAGUCCAGCUACAGGAGAGAAAAGUGGAAAACUCCAACACUGCUGCUUCAAGCUGCUGACGCUCCACACACUGAAUGUGAGUUUGAGCAAAAACACGACUCAAAGGAAGUUUCAGUGAAGGUAGUAGAGGAGGGAGGGGAGCCAGGACUGACUGUACUUCCUGUCUGCUGUUUUCAGCUUCACUCACAGACUCAAUGGCUUCCAGAUCAGAGGAGGAUCUCUGCUGUCCGGUCUGUCAGGAGGUCUUCAGAGAUCCUGUUCUUCUGUCAUGUAGCCACAGCUUCUGUAAAGACUGUCUGAAGAGAUGGUGGAGAGAGAGACCAACACACGAGUGUCCAGUUUGUAAGAGAAGAUCUUCAAAGGAAAAACCACCUUUAAAUCUGGCUUUAAAGAACCUGUGUGAGUCGUUCUUACAGGAGAGAGAUCAGAGAGCUUCAGAGGCUCUCUGCAGUCUGCACUCUGAGAAACUCAAACUCUUCUGUCUGGACCAUCAGCAGCCAGUGUGUCUCGUCUGCUGUGCCUCAGAAAAACACACCAAUCACAGAUUCAGACCCAUCGAUGAAGCUGCACAACAACACAAGAAGGAACUUCAGGAAACUCUGGAGCCCUUAAAGAAGAAGUUAAAGGGUUGUGAAGAAGUUCAAGUGAAGUUUGAUCAAACAGCAGAACACAUUAAGGUCCAGGCCCGACACACAGAGAGGCAGAUUAAGGAGCAGUUUAAGAAGCUUCACCAGUUUCUAGCAGAGGAAGAGGAGGCCAGGCUGGCUGCACUGAGGGAGGAAGAGGAGCAGAAGAGUGGGAUGAUGAAGGAGAAGAUGGAGGCUCUGAGCAGAGAGAUAGCAGCUCUUUCAGACACAGUCAGAGCCACAGAGGAGGAGCUGAGAGCUGAAGACGCCUCAUUCCUGCACAACUACAAGGCUGCAGUGGAAAGAGUCCAGCGCUGCCCCCUGCUGGAUGAUCCACAGCUGCCCUCAGGAGCUCUGAUAGACCAGGCCAAACACCUGGGCAACCUGACCUUCAACAUUUGGAACAACAUGAAGGACAUGGUCUCCUACACUCCUGUCAUUCUGGACCCAAACACUGCUGAGCCAGAUCUCAUCCCGUCUGAAGAUCUGACCAGUGUGAGAGGAGGAGGAGGAGAUGAACAGCAGCUUCCUGAUAAUCCAGAGAGGUUUGAUCAUUUCUGCUCUGUCCUGGGCUCUGAGGGCUUUAACUCAGGGACUCACAGCUGGGAUGUUGAAGUUGGAGACAGUACAGGGUGGACACUGGGUGUGUUAGCAGAGUCUGUGCAGAGGAAGGGAGACAUAUGGUCUGGAUUAUGGGUAAUAGGGUUUGAUGGAGGUAAAUACUCAGCAUGUUCACCAUCAGCUCCAUCAACUCUUCCCACUGUUAUCUCAGUAGAGAAGAAGUUCCAGAGGAUCAGAGUGAAUCUGGACUGGAACAGAGGAAAGCUGUCGUUCUCUGAUCCUGAUACUAAAACACACAUACACACCUUCACACACACUUUCACUCACAGGAUGUUUCCAUUCAUUAAUACAUGGGAUAAAGUGAAGGUGUUGCCGUUGAAGGUGUCAGUGUCAGUGGAGCAGAUGAGUUGAGGAUGAUGAUGUUUCUAAUGUUGUUUCCUGUCAGUGAAUUGAAGCUGUUAAACUGCAGCUGUCCUCCUGCUGCCUCGUUGUUCCAAAGCUCUUUGUUUCUCUUUAGUUCUCACUGUUUCUUUCUGUUUCUGCUGUCCACCUUUUCACAUGGAAAAUCAUUUCACUGUUUCUCACUGAAUGACUCCCCAAACUAGAUUUGAAAUUCUAUCAAGUUUCUAAUCAUUACAAGUGAUUCAUGUUUCUAUUUGAUGUGUGUAAAUGGAGAUGAUUUAGUUUGCUGGGAUAUGGACUGACAUGUGUUGAAUGGGAGGAGCAGUUUGUUGUUGUCUUCUUGUCUGUUUAUGACAACAAUAAAUAUGUUGUUGAAACAAUGAUUCAUGUUUAACUCCAUAUAUGAAAUGUUUCUGAUCUUUGAAUUCUGUUUGAUUAAAGACUUUCUUCAUGACACAAAUGAGAUUUCAGUGUAUUAAUAGAACUAAAUAAGCUCAGAGUUGAAAGGCUGGAGUAUUAUGUACGUGCUUCACUGUCAGUAUCUUCAGGGGGAUUCAAAGGGAAACAUCAAACUGCUGUAAUGAGAUAAACUAGUUGGGCUGAACACACUUAUCUGUAGUUUGUCUCCAUCCAGGAUCAUCAGAAUAUAAUGAACAUGUGUGAAGAGCCAAAAAAUGCUGCUCCCCUCUCAGCAUGAUGAGCUCCAGCCUUUGUUAACAGGACAACAGGAAACAUGAGACAACUUUCAGAGACAGUAACCAACUGUGGCCACAAGAUGGCAGCAGCUGAUCUGAGAUCCUUUAUUGGACAGAACGACUCUGUGACGUCAUCAGAGAGACGGCCUUCACUUUGAUAGAUCUGACGUCAUGUCUGCACUGCGAUGAUGAAAGCUGAUAAACACAUUGUUAUUGAUCCAUGAAAUCACCUCUGUCCUCUCAAGUGUAGCUGUUUACAGAGCUAAAGAAGUCCUUCAUCAUCAAAACAGACAAACAUGGAUUUUCUGUAUUAAGUGACGUCAUCCUCACUCUAACCUCUUACAUACAUUCUGUUCAGUUUUCCUGCUGUAAGAAAUAAACUGUGUGCAAAUAUAAAUGCAGGGAAACAUCCAUUAAUCACAGGUGAGCCGUUUGUUUCUGACUCACAUUAAAUGAGGCUUCAGGUGUAAAUACCUCAGAAGUGUUUGUGAGUUCAGUAGAACCAGACCCAGUCAACCAUCAUGGCAUCCACAGCACUACACAAUGCAACAGAAAGGCCUUCAUCAUCUGCUGAAGCACCUCUGAACCACGACGCUCUCCCUGCAUCUAAAAGCUGUUAGUCAGGAUGAGAUGCUGCUGUGAUCGCUCACAGUUUACCUGUGAGAUCUUUGUAAAUAUUGUCUUUGUUUGUGAAGGAAACACCUUUAGUCUGUUUUUAUUUGGAGUGCAGAUCUGGGCGUCCAUCACUUUAACCUGCACACGUUUAGUUAUUGAGUGGAGUUGAUGUUUGGCAGCAUUUUAUAAGUGACAGUUCAUGAACGGUGCAGGAACAGAGGACGCCUGACCAUCCUACCUGUGUCAGUAAGAAAACUUUCAUCACAACUUCACAACUUAACACAACUGAA